ACCUUGAUAAUAAAAUGAAAUUUGGUUCAUUAUUUAAUAUCUCUACCACUGCCCUUCUCUUUGUAUGGAUCAAAUAUUGUAGUGCUACCAAAGAAGAAAAGGUUGUUGUAGGCUAUUGGGGGUACUGGGAAUCAAAACUGCUGCCUAUCGAACACAUUCCAUGGUCUCAAAUCACUCACCUAAAUUAUGGAUUUGCCACUGUGGAUGAAGAUGUUGUUCCUGUUCUUACAAAUCCAACUCAAUUAACCAAAGCAGUAGGUAUUGCUCAUCAAAACAAUGUCAAAGUGUUAUUAUCCAUUGGUGGUUGGUAUGGGAGUAGAGCCAUGAGCAAAAUGGCCGCAACACAAGAAACAAGAACUCAAUUUGUUGAAAAAGCAGUAGAGUGGGUAUUGGAAUUCGGUUUGGAUGGUAUUGAUAUCGAUUGGGAAUAUCCAGGAAAAAGUGCGCUUGAAUGCAAUACACUUGAUUAUGCAAAUGAUACAGAUAAUUACCUACUCGUACUAAAGCAAUUGCGUGAAGCACUCGAUAACGCGUUUAGUACGAUUAAGGUUGCAGCUGAAGAUAGUAUCUAUUAUAAGAAUCGCAAAGCAAAUACAGCAGAAGACAGAAGCCAUAAGCUUCUUACUAUGGCUGUAGGUACAGCGCCUUUCUUCAAGAACAAUGCACCCAUCACAGACGUAAGCCAUUUUGCUCAAGCAGUCGAUUGGAUAUUUAUCAUGAUGUAUGAUACUUAUGUCGGCAAAUCAGUGAUUGGACCUAACGCGCCUCUCCAAACAUCCAUGCAAGCAGGUGCGAGUGGACAAAGUUUCGCUCAGGCUUGGGAAGCAUGGGCCACGGCUCAUAUGCCUCCAGAAAAGAUCAUUAUGGGCUUACCGUUCUAUGGGUAUGUCUCUAAACCCAAAGAAGACGUGGUUCAUCUUAAGCGACUAUUGGUUACUGCUCAUGCUUCUCGACCUCAAGGCGAUACAGAUGAUGAAAUGUCUUCUUCGCCUUGUCCUAACUCUAAACGUGGUUAUUCAGGGAUGUGGAAAUGGCGCUCUCUGUUGAGUUCUGGUGUUUUGCUGGACUCAAAGACACCAGGUGGCCAAUGGAUCAAGAAUUGGGAUAUGGAAUCUCAAACUCCCUGGCUUUAUAAUCCAGUCACUCAUCAUUUGAUCACCUAUGAUGAUCCUGACAGUAUUGCCAUGAAAGUUAAUUUUGCUAUCUGUAAAGGAGGUCGUGGUGUAGGCGUGUGGGAUGUAUCAAACAAUCAAAAAGAAGCUUGCUUAAAGCUAAGCCCUUCUUCUGCUUAUAGAGUGGUUGGACCACAAUUCAAUGCCUUGAGCAAACAACAACUCUAUUCUCAUUCAACAAAGCUUGUUCCUGCUUGCUACUGCUUCUUUUUGGUCUUUCUCUUGCUUUUCUUGUAAACCAAUCAAAACGAAUAAAAUUUGAUUUGCAACCCCCCGGUUGUUCUCUAAAAAAAAUCUUUCUUUUCUUCUUUAU